ACACAGACAUACACACACACACAAACGCGCGCGCAGCCUGAGAGCGCACUAACUAACGCACCUGCAACUAACCGCUGCAAGGACUGGACCCCAGUCAGAGUGUGCAUGAAAAGAAAGCAACCAGGACAGAGAGAGAGAGAGAGAGAGAGAGAGAGAGCACGAGCACCUGGGCAGCGUGACGUCACUCCGCCCUACUUCGGCGAGAAGUCCUGAAGCGAUCUGCACUUCCUCAAACAGCUGAACCACAGAGCGAGAAACUGGGCGGAAGGAAGAAACUGAAGAGCCGAGACUUUCCCCCCUUUUUCUGGAAGAGAGACUGACUUUGAGUGGCAAUCAUGGCACCCUUCCUGAGAAUUGCAUUUAAUGCGUAUGACCUUGGUGCUCUUUCACCAAUGGCUGAGGCGCCUUUCUGUGCAGUUAAGAUGAAGGAGGCCCUCAGCACAGAGCGAGGCAAGACUUUGAUUCAGAGAAAACCCACCAUGUUUCCUGCCUGGCGCGCCAGCUUCGAUGCACAUAUUUAUGAGGGCCGUGUCCUACAGGUGUUGCUGAUGCGAACUGCUGAGAACCCAUUAGCAGAAGUCACUGUGGGUGUGUCUGUACUUGCGGAGCGAUGCAAGAAGGCCAAUGGACGUGCAGAAUUCUGGGUUGAUCUGCAGCCUUCAGGAAAAGUGAUGAUGUCUGUACAGUAUUUCUUGGAAGAUGCAGACACAGAGUCUAUUCAGUCUGUAGUAUCAGAGGAAGAGGCUCCAACACUUACUCGGCGUCGUGGAGCCAUUAAACAGGCCAAAAUUCACUUCAUUAAAAACCAUGAGUUCAUCGCUACCUUCUUUAGACAGCCCACCUUCUGCUCAGUCUGCAGAGACUUUGUAUGGGGGCUUAAUAAACAAGGAUACAAGUGCAGACAGUGUAAUGCAGCCAUACAUAAGAAGUGCAUUGACAAAAUCAUUGGCAGAUGCACUGGCACUGCGGCUAACAGUCGUGACACUGUGUUUCAGAAGGAGCGCUUUAAAAUCGAUAUGCCACAUCGCUUUAAGACCUACAACUACAUGAGCCCCACCUUCUGUGACCACUGUGGCAGUCUGCUGUGGGGUCUUGUCAAACAGGGUCUGAAGUGUGAGGACUGUGCUAUGAAUGUUCAUCAUAAGUGCCAGACUAAAGUGGCCAACUUGUGUGGGAUUAACCAAAAACUUCUGGCAGAGGCACUUACUCAAGUCAGCCAGAAGUCCACAAAGAGGCCUGAUCCCAAUGCUGACCCACAAACCAAGGAUACUGGAGUUUACCAGGACUUUAACAAAAGCCCAGGGCCAGAUGUCACUGAUGGGACUCCAUACGGUCUUCUCUGGGAGGGUUCCAGUCCUCGUCCUGUGUCCAUCACACACCAGACACGCAUUACUGCUGAACAUUUUACCUUCCAUAAGGUCCUGGGCAAAGGCAGCUUUGGAAAGGUGUUUCUGGCUGAGAUGAAGAGCAGCGGGGAGUGGUUUGCAGUAAAAGCUUUGAAGAAAGACGUGGUGUUGAUGGAUGAUGAUGUAGAGUGUACCAUGGUGGAGAAGCGUGUGCUCGCACUGGCCUGGGAUAAUCCAUUUCUCACACACCUUUACUCCACCUUCCAGACCAAGGAGCACUUGUUCUUUGUGAUGGAGUACCUGAAUGGAGGAGAUCUGAUGUUCCACAUACAAGAAAAAGGACGCUUUGACCUCUACAGAGCUACAUUCUAUGGAGCAGAAAUCGUUUGUGGACUGCAGUUCCUCCAUGGAAAAGGCAUUAUUUACAGGGAUCUGAAGUUGGAUAAUGUGAUGCUGGAUGGAGAUGGUCAUAUAAAGAUAGCUGAUUUUGGCAUGUGUAAGGAGAAUGUGUUUGGAGAAAAUCUGGCGACCACUUUCUGUGGAACCCCAGACUACAUCGCUCCUGAGAUUCUCCUGGGUCAGCAGUAUUCAUUCUCAGUCGACUGGUGGUCAUUUGGUGUGCUGGUCUAUGAAAUGCUGAUUGGUCAGUCACCAUUUCAUGGUGAUGAUGAAGAUGAACUAUUUGAGUCGAUCCGUAUGGACACACCUCACUACCCACGCUGGAUCACUGUGGAUACCAGAGAAAUGCUGGAGCGGCUUUUUGAGAGAGAUCCAUCCCGCCGUUUGGGUGUUGUGGGUAAUAUCCGACAUCAGACAUUUUUCAAGACUGUUAACUGGUCUGCUUUGGAGAGGAGAGAAAUUGAGCCCCCAUUUAAACCAAAAGUGAAAGCGCCAAAUGACUGUAGUAACUUUGACCGGGAGUUUUUAAGUGAGAAACCUCGUCUCUCUCACUGCGAGAAAGGCCUGAUCGACUCAAUGGACCAGACAGCCUUCGCCGGCUUCUCGUUCAUCAAUCCGAGAAUGGACCACCUUCUGCAAAAGUGUUAAACAAUUGCCUCCACCACUUAGCUUGAGAGGAGAGGGUCCAGUAGUAUUAUAUGAUCAAAUAAUCUACCCAGUAUUUUUCUGUGUCACGAAACAGCUCCUUCUUCUCAAAAUAGUUUUUGGGGCAUGGAUAUUUACACUGAACCCCAGAGUGAUGGUGAUAUUCCAGAUGCUACAGAACUUUCAGUUAACACCUGAUGAAGGUUUUGACUGAAAAAGACAAAGACCUAAAAUUCCUUUAGUGACUGUGGUGAUAGAGUGCAGCUUAUUUUAGAGUGAACUAAUCAAUGUUCAAUGAAUGACCCUUAUAAAGUCCAUGUAGAUAUGAUUCAUUCUGUUCAUUUCAUUCAGUCAGUUAGUUAAUGUAUUUAGCAGUAGCACAUUCAUUACUGUAAUUUAGCAUUAUUACAGAAUUCCUCAAUGAUUAAGUCAAUGCACAAAACUGAUAAAGCCUUAGAGGUUGUUUAAACACUGAAUGUGGAAAGCAAACGAGACAAAAGCAUAGAGAUUAUGUACAGAUACAGUUUAGAUCAGUAUAUGCAUGCUGCACUUUCUGGGUUUAUGAUGUAUAACAUUGCAUUGUGAGUUUGAUAUGGUAAAUUUAGCUUUAUGCAUAUAUUUGCAUACAGUGUGUGUUUGUGUGUAUGUGUGUGUACAUCUGAGAGAGAGAAAGUGUUUUGAGAAUCCUUGGCCCAUGUGAUUUUAGAGAGCAAAUAAAAAACAUGCAUUUUAAGAUGUAUAUUGAUCAGGCAUGUUUGCACAUGUGAUUAACCUUAAAGUAAGAGUAAAAUGUACUGUGUGGGUCUUAUACUGUAUAUGUGUAUGGUGUAUAGUGUGUGUGUAUAUAUUUGGUAUAGGCUAUUUUGUCUUCAUGUAUGUGAUCUGUAUGUGUAUUGUGUGCAUAUAUGCUAUUUUUAUUACUUGCAAAUUAAACAUCAGUAUAUGAUCAAA